ACGCCUCUGUUUCUAUUUGAUACAAUGACAGUCUCUCCCGCACUCAUCUCAUCUCUUCACUCGGCGUAUAACCCGACCCGACUCUACUCAACGUAACAGAGCAGUCUGAGGUCCAGUCAUCUCAUACUGACUCACUCCAAGGUGUCCUGACACAGCUAGUAAAAAGGUUGCACAGUGAGCAUGAACCUGAGCCUCCCUGACCAGAACAUGCACAACCCCAGUGACGGUGGUCUGGAGGAUAACAAGGCUGGGCUCAUGAUCCCCUGCUUCCGUAGAAACAUGUAUGAUGAGCCUCUAAUUUCAUACUCCAAUGGAUCCAUCAUCUCUCACCUCCUGCGCAAAACCAUCCACAACAAGAAGGCUCUGGACGAAAGCCAUUUCUACCUACCCACAUCGACUGUGUCCAGCUCCACAAUGGCUGACUACAGUCAGGAGGACCAGAGCAGUGUCUCUUCCAAGGACAGCGCGGCAGAGUCUGCAUCCCCAGGCAGGCACCUCUCGACCACGGUCAGCCCUGAGGAGGACAGGCCCCUGAGUGAUCACCUCCAGGCCAAACGUGCCCGUGUGGAGAACAUCAUCCGCAGCAUGGCGGGGUCUCCCAACAGCAGGCUCCAUGGGGACAGUGAAAGGGUUGAGUCAGACACCAGGGAGGCUAGAGAGGCCUACAGGGAGAACAAACGUAAACAUAUGCUCCCCCAGCAUCAGGAGCACAGUCUCAAUGCGGCAGCUCCAGCUAACAGAGGCAGCAGUAGCAGCAGCAGCAGUAAGGAUGAAGAGUGCCACAAACUGAAGGUGCAGCUCCAGAGCAUGCAGAGAAUCCUGAGACAGCUCCAGGAUAAGUUCUUACAGGUUUAUAACCAGGACGACGCUGUGCACGAAGACAGAGAUGACACAGGCACAGCCAGCCCUCCUGGAAAUGAUGACACCACACCAAGCAAAGAGUCUGGGUUCAUGUUCCGUAUAAACAUGGAUGAGGAGUUAGAGAGGAAGCAUGACAGUGGUAAAGGGGGCUGUAAGGACAGAGUGAAGACAGACAGAAGUUAUCUGACACAUCAAAGGGAAGGCAAGAACCUACAGGAGACUCUGAAGCAUGAGCUCUCCAAAGCGGUGAGUGAGAGUGUAGAUAUGGUGUUCAAGAAACUCUCCUCCACGGGGCUCAACCAGUCAUCUCAUCAGCGCACGUGUCACACCCCAGAGCACGUCAUUAUGGGAGCUGAGAGGAAGAGCCAGGUACCCUGUAACCAGGAGCAAUCACACACUGAGGAGUCAGUCAAACCCCAGGCUCUAGAGCACUAUGAGAGAAGUGAGGCUUGCUGUCCUAAGGAUCAGACCGAAGCUCUGUCUCUAGUGGUCCGUAAGCCGCCCCUGAGCCAGCUUAGCUCAGUUACCCCGACGGUGAAGAGGCCCUAUCCCUUACACCAGUCUCCAUUCCAGUUCAACUACAGCACACCUCUCCAUGACAGUCGAAUGCUGGAACACCUCCUCAAAUACGGGCCCCACACUAACUUCGGAGGUCUCCCAUGCAUGCCCCCAUCCAUGGACAGAACCUCACCAAACUCGGUGGACCUACCCUGGUCCAUGAGGUCCAAAGUGACAUCCAGCCACCUGGCCCACCACCAUCACCCAUCAGGCCUGGGUCCAGUGACCGUGGACAGUCUGUGUCUCCCUCAUGUCAAGAUGGAGUGUGGGGACCUGCAGAGCAUAGCAGAGAGAAACUCCUAUAUGUCUCUCAACAUCCAGCAAGGCCUAACCCCCAACCAUCUGAAGAAAGCUAAGCUGAUGUUCUUCUACACCCGUUACCCCAGCUCCAAUGUGCUGAAAACCUUCUUUCCAGAUGUCAAGUUCAAUCGCUGCAUCACCUCUCAGCUCAUCAAGUGGUUCAGUAACUUCCGGGAGUUUUACUACAUCCAGAUGGAGAAGUUUGCCCGCCAGGCCAUAGUGGACGGGGUCAGGGAUGUGAAAGACAUGUCCAUCAGCAGAGACUCUGAGCUGUUCAGAGCCCUCAACAUGCACUACAACAAAGCCAAUGACUUCCAGGUUCCUGAGAGAUUCCUUGAGGUUUCUGAAAUUACUCUUCAGGAGUUUUUCAACGCCAUUUCAACUGCUAAAGAUUCUGACCCCUCUUGGAAGAAGGCAAUCUACAAGGUCAUCUGUAAGCUGGACAGUGAUGUCCCAGAUGAGUUCAAAUCAUCCACCUGCCUAUAGACAGAGCAAGCAAAAGCCAUGCUCAAGGAAGGAAGGACAUUUUGAAGUCAUGCAAUGACAAUAAUUUCUGAUUUUAACCCGUUGCCAAUGAAUUGGAUUUUAGUGAGGAAAUUCUGGAAAAAACAUGAUGUUGUAAAUGAUGUAUUAUACACAGCAGGAACCUACUUAUGGCACACACUUUUUACAGUCUCAGUAAACACAUUAUAACACUGCUUCAGCUCUCUCCUAUGAGUCUUUGGUAACACAUACUUGACACCAAGGUCAUAACCAUGUCAUAAUAUCUCACAACAGCUGAUUAUGACACCUACAUAAGAGGUUCACAACCCACAUAUAUUCAAAAUCUUUUUUUUCCCUGCCAAGAAGUUUCCUUUCAUUUGAAAGUUUGUUUCUUCAAUAUUCUGUUGUUGUUAUGAAUUCUUUAGUCAUGUUUUUUUCAUCAUAUUUUAAAUAACUUGUAGAAAUUACACUCUAUGACACUGUCAAGAAGCGUUAUGACCAUCGUAAUCAUAUAAGCCAAAAAGGCCUAUCACGUACAUUCCCUUAUAUCGGUCAUCAGUCAUUUGCCCCUGAAAUCUGCUCCUGCAUUCAUCCCAGUCAUCAUCAACAGAGCAUUGGGGAAGGUGCAUGUCUGACAUCAAUGUUUGCGCAAUUAAAAUGAUAAUUCAAUAUGUUCAAUAAAAAAAAAUAUAUAUAUAUAUAUAUAUAUAACAUAAACAUACUGUUGACACGUAGGCUAUGGUGUUAUGGAAUGUUUUGCCUUGUGUGGUAGGUUUUUGCCUUGUGUGGUAGGUUUUUGCCUUGUGUGGUAGGUUUUUGCCUUGUGUGGUAGGUUUUGUGGGUUUUGACACUAAUUAUGUAGGUGUCAUAACCAGCCAUAAAAUAACGAAAUAUGUGUCACAACAGGUUGAAAUAUAUGUGUCAUGACAGUGUUAUGACCAUGUUAUAACAGGUUAUGACAAGUUAUGUCAGUUGUUAUGACAUAUUAUGACAUGAUUAUGACCGUGGGUGUCAAGUAAAGUGUUACUGAGUUUUUUUAAAGACUCAGCUGAGUGCAUAUGUUAUUACUGUGUCGUUGUGUUUCCAUGUGGAUUCAAUUAAUACAAUAUGUAGUUGCAUGUUUGUAGAUUUACUGAUAUUUAAAGGCAGUGUUUCAGUACUAUAGUGUACUUGCUAGGUCUGGUAGACUUACAAGUGUUAAGAAAUUUGUACUUUUUAUACAUAUUUGACUUAUGUUUCCUCAAUGGACAUGGGAUUUAAUCGUCUCUAUAGGUGAGAGAAAGAUUCAUUCGUAUCAAGUGUCUUAUGUAAAUGUAAAUACGCUACAAUUACAUUUGGAUACCCUAAAGUGUUUAAGACCAAAUAAAUAACCUAAUAACAUGUAAAUAUUGCAAAUGACCAGAAACUUACAAAAAAAAGCUGUUUAGAUGUUUGUGUGCCUAUUGCUAUAGUCUAUGGCCUACUGUCAUCUUACUUCCAUAGACACCAUAUUUUGAGUGAUUAUUUGAUAGUCCAGUUGAUAGAU